AUGAUGCUCGCAACCCUCCCACGCCCUUACUGGCUUGGCAAGAGGACCAGACAAGCGCAGCCACGUGACCCGACGGAAGAAAAACGUUCGGAAGGAGCGCACCGAUACAGGUCAUGGAGCAGGCAAUUUUCUGUCGUGGAGCUCCGUGACCAAUCGUUCUCGCUUUACUCCCGGGCACUUUCCAGCAUAAUCGCAGGUCCCCCCGAGACGCGAAAACAGCCGCACCGAUACAGGUCAUGGAGUAGGCAAUUUUCCGUCGUGGAGCUCCGUGACCAAUCGUUCUCGCUUCACUCCCUGGCACUUUCCAGCAUAAUCGCAGGUCCCCCCGAGACGCGAAAACAGCCGCACCGAUACAAGUCAUGGAGCAGGCAAUUUUCCGUCGUAGAGCUCCAUGACCAAUCGUUCUCGCUUCACUCCCUGGCACUUUCCAGCAUAAUCGCAGGUCCCCCCGAGACGCGAAAACAGUCGCACCGAUACAGGUCAUGGAGUAGGCAAUUUUCCGUCGUGGAGCUCCGUGACCAAUCGUUCUCGCUUCACUCCCUGGCACUUUCCAGCAUAAUCGCAGCCCCGAGACGCGAAAACAGCCGCACCGAUACAGGUCAUGGAGCAGGCAAUUUUCCGUCGUGGAGCUCCGUGACCAAUCGUUCUUGCUUCACUCUCAAGGCUUCACACUCAAGCACAUUCCAGCACAAUUGGAGCCCCGAGACGCGAAAACAGCCGCACCGAUACAGGUCAUGGAGCAGGCAAUUUUCCGUCGUGGAGCUCCAUGACCAAUCAUUCUCGGUUCACUCCCUAGCACUUUCCAGCAUAAUCGCAGCACUUUCCAGCAUAAUCGCAGCCCCGAGACGCGAAAACAGCCGCACCGAUACAGGUCAUGGAGCAGGCAAUUUUCCGUCGUGGAGCUCUGUGACCAAUUCCCCGAGACGCGAAAACAGUCGCACCUACCAAUACAGGUCAUGGAGUAGGCAAUUUUCCGUCGUGGAGCUCCGUGACCAAUCGUUCUCGCUUCACUCCCGGGCACUUUCCAGCAUAAUCGCAGCCCCGAGACGCGAAAACAGCCGCACCGAUACAGGUUAUGGAGCAGGCAAUUUUCCGUCGUGGAGCUCCGUGACCAAUCGUUCUCGCUUCACUCCCGGGAACUUUCCAGCAAAAUCGCAGCCGCACCGGUACAGGUCAUGGAGUAGGCAAUUUUCCGUCGUGGAGCUCCGUGACCAAUCGUUCUCGCUUCACUCCCGGGCACUUUUCAGCAUAAUCGCGCCGCACCGGUACAGGUCAUGGAGCAGGCAAUUUUCCGUCGUGGAGCUCCGUGACCAAUCGUUCUCGCUUCACUCCCAAGAGCUUUCCAUCAUAAUCGCAGCCUUGAGACGCAAAAACCGGUACAGGUCAUGGAGUAUGCAAUUUUUAGUCGUGGAGCUCCGUGACCAAUCGUUCUCGCUUCACUCCCGGGCACUUUCCAGCAUAAUCGCAGGAACUUUACGGCAUAAUCGCAGGUCAUGGAGCAGGCAAUUUUCCGUCGUGGAGCUCCGUGACCAAUCGUUCUUGCUUCACUCUCAGGCACUUUGCAGCAUAAUCGCAGCCCCGAGACGCGAAAAUCGGUACAGGUCGUGGAGCAGGAAAUAUUCUGUCGUGGAGCUCCGUGACCAAUCGUUCUCGCUUCAUUCUCAGGCACUUCUCAGCAUAAUUGCAAGUCCCACUUUCCAGCAUAAUUGCAGGUCAUGGAGCAGGCAAUUUUCCGUCGUGGAGCUCCAUGACCAAUCGUUCUCGCUUCACUCCCGGGCACUUUCCAGCAUAAUCAAAGAACUUUCCAGCAUAAUUGCAGCCCCGAGACGCGAAAAUCGGUACAGGUCGUGGAGCAGGCAAUAUUCUGUCGUGGAGCUCCGUGACCAAUCGUUCUCGCUUCACUCUCGGGCACUUCUCAGCAUAAUUGCAGACGCAAAAAAACAGCCGCACAUGUCGUGGAGCAGGCAAUUUUUCGUCGUGGAGAUCCGUAACCAAUCGUUCUCUCUUCACUCUCGAGCACUUUCCAGCAUAAUUGCAGCCCCGAGACGCGAAAACAGCUGCACUAGUACAGCUCGUGAAGCAGGCAAUUUUCCGUCGUGGAGCUCCAUGACCAAUCCCCCGAGACGCGAAAACCGGUACAAAUCGUGGAGCAGACAAUUUUCCGUCGUGGAGCUCCGUGACCAUCCGUUCUCGCUUCACUCCCGGGAACUUUCUGGCAUAAUCGUAGCCCCGAGAUGCGAAAACAUCCGCACCGGUACAGGUGAUGAAGUAUGCAAUUUUCCGUCGUGGAGCUCCAUGACCAAUCCCCCGAGACGCGAAAACAACCGCACCGGUACAGGUCAUGGAGCAGACAAUUUUCCGUCGUGGAGCUCCGUGACCAAUCGCGUUUGUGGCCCCGAGACGCGAAAACAACCUCAAUGGUACAAGUCAUGGAGCAGACGAUUUUCUGUCGUGGAGCUCCGUGACCAAUCGUUCUCGCUUUACUCUCGGGCUCUUUCCAGCAUAAUCGCAGCCCCGAGACGCGAAAACAACCGCACUACUAUAGGUAGUGAAGUAGGCAAUAUUCCAUCGUGGAGCUCCGUGACCAAUCGCGUUUGUAGCCCCGAGACGCGAAAACAGCCGCACUGGUACAGGUCAUGGAGCAGGCAAUUUUCCGUCGUGGGGCUCCGUGACCAAUCGUUCUCUCUUCACUCCCUAGCACUUUCCAGCAUAAUUGCAGCCCCGAGAUGUGAAAACAGCCGCACCGGUACAGGUCAUGGAGCAGGCAAUUUUCCGUCGUGGAGCUCCGUGACCAAUCCCCCGAGACGCGAAAACAGCCGCACCGGUACAGGUCAUGAAGUAGGCAAUUUUCUGUUGCUGAGCUCCACGCGAAAACAGCCGCACCGGUACAGGUCAUGGAGCAGGCAAUUUUCGGUAGUGGAGCUCCGUGACCGAUCGUUCUCGCUUCACUCUCGGGCACUUUCCAGCAUAAUCGCGGAUCCCCCCGAGACGCGAAAACAGCCGCACUGGUACAGGUCAUGGAGCAGGCAAUUUUCCGUCGUGAAGCUCCAUGACCAAUCGUUUUUCUUUUCACUCCCAAGCACUUUCCAGCAUAAUUGCAGCCCCGAGACGCGAAAACAGCCGCACCGGUACAGGUCAUGGAGUAGGCAAUUUUCCGUCGUGGAGCUCCAUGACCAAUCGUUCUCGCUUCACUUCCUUGCACUUUCCAGCAUAAUCGCAGGUCAUGGAGCAGGCAAUUUUCCGUCGUGGAGCUCCGUGACCAAUCGUUCUCGCUUCAUUCUCGGGCACUUUCCAGCAUUAUCCCCCGAGACGCGAAAACAGCCGCACUGGUACAGGUCGUGGAGCAGGCAAUUUUCCGUCACGGAGCUCCGUGACCAAUCGUCCUCUCUUCACUCCCGAGCACUUUCCAGCAUAAUUGCAGAAGGCACGACCCCUUCAGAUUGGUUAUAUGAUCCAUUCAACAAUCAAGAGCGAUGCUCUUCGAGCUCUACGAGUCAAGGAUUUGGAGAGUCCCCUUCAGUGGUCAGAAGGCUAAGCAUGACUAAAAAGGAAGAGAUGACAACUGUGAACAACGAUGCAUCAGCGUCCAGCAACAUUACUAUCGAGUCGUCCAUACCCUCGAUUCGAGACCGGAAGCGAGAUAAGGAUGGUGUUGUUGAGCCUGGACGCAUUUUGGCUGGUCAAACCUCCAUGUUGCCACGACCGCGUGCUCGAUCCUCUGGUCUACGUAAAGAGUCAUCUCCAGAUCCCCCAGCUCUGUCUCCUGGCGAUUCAACACCAGGCUCCAAGCCAUCCGCCAUUCCGAAGCCUCCAAAAAACAUGCGGACCAGAGUUCUACAACCUGGUGUAUCCCUGAUUCCUUUGCCGUCGCGAAUCCCCCGCUUGACUCGACGAGAUUUGCCUACCGCUUCUCGUGAGGGUCUGGUUAGGGAGGAAAAGAAAACGACUGCAUCAAAGGCUUCGUCAGCGGAGGCCACGCAGAGAAGUUACAAAUAUCUUCCUGGGAGGUCAGUGCAGCCUUCAACUUCCAGCGCGAUGUAUGGCGAUGAGUCGAGGUCCCAUCAAAGGACGUCAGAUCCAAGAUCUACAGAAACAUUGUUACGAGAAAUCCAACCUUUCUCGACUGAUCCAGCUUCAUGCCCUCCUAUGACACGUCAGAGGCCGUCAAAGUCAUCACCACCUGAUUUAAAACGCCAGGUUUCAACGAUCAAGCACAUUCUCCAACCUGAGAAGUUCAGCAACGAUCAUCCUACAACAAUGCCAGAGAUUAUCAGCGACAACCAACGAACAGCAUCGUCUGAGGGGCUUCAUACCUCAUACAUUCCAACCAGUCCUCCAGCACUGCAUAGUAACGAUUUCUUUUUUGAAUAUUCUGAAGACUAUGCAUCCAUGGGGGAAGAUUCGGCGUCAGCCUGGCUAUUUUCACCAUCCCUUAGCGCUUUGCCUUCUCCUGAGACGUCACCUUCUCGCACGCCUCAUUCUUGUUAUGGCGAUCAGAGUUCGUUUGUGGAGACCAACAUGUGGAGCAACAUACCCACCUCACAUACACCAAGGGGAGCAGAUCUGGAAAAUUCGAUCGAACAGGAAUGCCUUCCACUCGAGGCAGGCCGUCUGCCAUCUGUGGACAGGGUGCUCAGGAAGCCUGUUGAUGAUCAAUCCGGUAUUCCUGAUGCCAUUGAGACUGAUGCUGAGGCUGAGCAUAAGGCGGAAGAAGAAAGUUUGGACAUUCUUGGUGUGCAAAGCACAGCUCCACAAGGCAGUGAUUAUUCAGAGAACAUUGAGCCAGGCGACAAACAACCCUCUAAUGACUCGCUGGCCGAUGAAGAGGGCCAGCUGCAACUGGUGUCAGCUCGUGGUGUCAGAAGAAGCGAGACUGGGGAACUCCAUGAGACUUUCCAGCCAACAUCGCUUUCCACAUUAUUUGAUGCUGCAUCUGACUGCACAGCAGGUGAUGUGAUGACUUGUGAUUCUCCGUUGCGGCUUGCAGCAGUCCACGAAGCAGAGUUCUCAAAUCAAAAACAAGGUGCCUGUCUAAGUGACAUGGUACUCAAUGAUGUCGAUGCACCCAAACCCCCCUGCAUCGAUGACAAAAGCCCUGCUGAUGGCUUGCUAGCAAGUCAAGCUGAAGAUUCGUAUGAGCCCGCAUUUGCGGUUACGGCAUGCCAAACGUUUGAUCCAGAAGAAGACGGCAUAAAAGAGAACGGGCAACUACAUUCUCCUGCACAUGUGACGGCGGGCUCAGAUUCAGAGCUUUUUCCACUGUCAAAAACGGCAGACAUUGUGAAGCCAUUUGAGGAGUCUACUGAAAGCGAUACAGCUUUUCCUGAAUCCGGGCAGCUCAUUAAGUCUCUUCUGCAGAAUUCCACAGCGAAGCAGACGCCGGGUGAUCACAAUGACGAUGUGCUAAAUAUUCCCCUUGGUGAUCAACAGCUUGGUAAGCCAGAUGUCGAUGCAGUUGGAGAGCCAGUUCAGCACGCCAUGUCAAUGAUGUCAACUGUUUCAGAACCAGAAUGCCCAGGCACAAGUGUUUCUCCGUGGGUUCACUCUACAACCAGCAAGGAUGUGGAACCAAGUGGGCUGAUAAGAAGACUACAAGUGGCUUGCCCACGAGUAAAAAUGAACGUCUCGGUCCAUAAGCCAAAGUCAGAAGUCAUGGCUGACCAUUUGAUUGGCACGAAUGAAAGCGUCAUACAAGGAAAUUCGAAUCUGUCCGAGACUUCUGCGGAGACUGAUAACAUUCUCCAAGUGCGUGGCACCAAACGGAGUGACUGCUUGGGUUUGGAGGGGCAUCAUCUGGAUGAGCCAAACGAGAGCACUGGUGGAGACGUUUAUGCUAAACGGUUGAAAACCACUGUGAUCUCAAGAAGCAAUGCACGUGGAGGUUCCCUGCAGCCUACUUGCCGCAUGUCACUUGAUGAGUGGCUAGGAUCAGGAUCUCGUUCAGAUAUCAAGGAUCUUGUGGAGGGCCAGCAUCUGGAGCAGCAAACUGUGCACCUCGAUGGGAAAUCGGAUGCCGAUCAAGAUAAACUCAUUGGCGUUCCCGUAUCCCCAAAUGCUGAGUCAGCAUCUCCAGGUUUACGUGUAUCUGGGCCUCAAAUUGUGAACAGCAAUGAUAGCUCAUCUCAGAAUCAGGUGCCGUUGAAGUUGGAUGGUACAAACUUGGAAGAAAUCCGUGAGGAGGCCCUUGAACCACCAUCGAUGCCAGCAAUGGUGGCAUCAGCAGUGCCCCUGGACUUGCCAUGCCACAAAUCAGCUACUGCACAGUUGCCGGUGGACGGGGAGAGAGCGGCAAACGACCUGCCUGCUCAGAUGUGCAACCAACCAAAAUCGAUUCCCCUCUCCAGUGAAGCUGUCAGAUGCCGUCGUUCAGAAAAUGAUCCUGUUGGACCACAUGCAGAGAUCCUGGCUGGGGCAGGCUCAGCACUUACUAGCGAGAUUGUGGCCGAAAAUGUUGCUGGAAGUUCCAUCACUGCUAUCGAAAACGAGCAAGAUGGAUUGGUGAAGCCGACAAACACUGGGGAGUCAAGCAGUGGCCCACUCCAUCAGGGUAUUGUCGACUCUACGAGUGAGGGAUCCAAGAAAGGGAGAAAGGGCAAAGGUUCUCGUGCACUACAGAGGCCUGAUCGAUAUUCGGCUGGAUCAAAGACAUGCGGUUGCAGCAUCAUGUAG